UAUAUAUAUAUAUAUGCAUUUUGUGAUGCAGAGUUUCAGAUUAGAUAGAUCGAGCGGCGCCAAGUGUUUCAUGUUGUCGGCAAAAGCGCUGUCGAUAAUAUGGGGUGUCACGCCACAAUAUUGGACGUGGGCGCCUCACCCGAAUUCCAGGUUUCCACAAGUCGCGAAGCUCCUCAACGUCUGUUGGCUGGAGAUCCGUGGCAAGAUCAAGAGCAAAUUACUCUCUCCGAACACAACCUAUGCAGCCUAUCUUAUCUUCAAAGUAGAUGAAAACUAUAACGGCUUAAGCUACCCACCGCAAGAGGCAAUGGUAAUUCUCGGCAGCCAAGUCUCAGAACGUACCCUUCGCCUCGUACGCCCAAGGAUGGGAGCGCCAGCGCGAAGGAACACUAGAAUAUUCCGGAGCUUUCUUAACUGGCGCGGGGUGCUUGCCGUUCCACAAUCUCAAGACGAGGCGGAGGAAGAGGAAGAGGAAGAAGACACUUCGGGCGUUGAGGUUUCUCCUAGGUCGAGAGAUGAUGGGUGGAUGGAGGUUGAAUUGGGGGAGUUCUAUAACGCCGAGGGAGAGGAUGGGGAGGUGGAAAUGAGCUUGAUGGAGGUGAGAGGAGGGCACUGGAAGAGAGGGCUCAUUGUUGAGGGAAUUGAGAUUAAGCCUAAGAAUGCUUAAACUGUAUUUUGAUUUUGGUGUAUAGAGCUCAUUAGCUUGGCUAAAUGCUGCAUGAACUAGAAAAGCUGAAUAAAAGGGUGAAGAAAAGGGUCCAAUGAUAGAAGGGAUUCUGUAUCAACUAGAAAAGCCGAAGAAAAGGAUUAUGAGAAACGAAUUCGAAAAGAGUUUUGACGUUGUAUAGGCAUGAAAGUUUGCAAAUUGCAGUCAAGUAGAUGUUAGUUAAUACGCUGGAGAUGCAGCGCUUUAUGCUUGAGCCUUUUUAGUUGUGGUUUAAUUUUGUGAGCCUGUGUGUUUGUUUGUUUAUAUCAUUUGGUUGUCACUAAUGGAAGGACAUUGUGAUUUUUAA